AGGGACGGAAGUCUUUGGGAAUUCAUCCUAAGUGGCGAGUGGCCUUUUCAGAGAAGUAGCGCGGAGCGUGGUCGUUGUAGGCUAGGCCAUUUUGGUUUUCAGCCAGAACCAUUGUUUAAUGAGAACUCCAUGCGUCCAGAGUAAAGAUGGCGGGCUUCCUGGAUAACUUCCGCUGGCCGGAGUGUGAGUGUGUAGACUGGAGUGAGCGCAGGAACACUGUGGCCUCCGUGGUCGCAGGGAUAUUGUUUUUUACAGGCUGGUGGAUAAUGAUUGACGCAGCGGUGGUGUAUCCUAAGCCUGAGCAGCUGAACCACGCGUUCCACACGUGUGGAGUGUUUUCCACGCUGGCCUUCUUCAUGAUAAACGCUGUGUCCAAUGCCCAGGUGCGAGGUGACAGCUAUGAGAGCGGCUGCCUAGGAAGAACUGGUGCUCGGGUCUGGCUCUUCAUUGGUUUCAUGCUGAUGUUCGGGUCGCUCAUCGCCUCCAUGUGGAUUCUUUUUGGUGCAUAUGUUACUCAAAAUAUUGAUGUUUACCCUGGACUAGCUGUGUUCUUUCAAAAUGCUCUUAUAUUUUUUAGCACUCUGAUCUACAAAUUUGGAAGAACAGAAGAGCUCUGGGCCUGAGAUCACUGCGCACACACCGCACCUCCCUCUUGUUGUCUUCCGCCCAGCUCCUUCAUCUCUAGUCUAAUUUACAUAUCACCAAAUGGAGCACCUGUGUGCUUGGGCUAUGUCUUCAAAGUUUAGUGCCCUGAGUUGUGAAUUGUUUUUGCAAAAUGUCUGUCUUGGUUUCUCAUCAACUAGAUGAGUUAAUGUAUACAUAAUACAUCAUACAUGUACACAUACAUAAUACAUGUACACAUACAUAAUAUAUCAUACAUGUACACAUACAUGAUGCUGAGUGCCAGGUCGUUACUCCCAAGACUAAGAUGGGUGUGGAUCCUGAGCCAGGGAUAUUGUCUUGGUGUUUAGAGGUGAAUAUUCUGUCCUGGUAUCUCUGUUUGAAAAUGUGCAGAAUAGACAGCUUCGUGUCUCUAGAGGCCCUGGGCUGUUAACAAAGGCAGUUCUGCCAGGUGUAAUUUAUUUUGGCUUAGAAAUGAGAUUUUUUUUUAAAGGAAAAAAUGUUUGUGUGUAUUAAAGAGCUGGACUUUUUAUAUGAAGAUUUUUUUUAAAUGCCCAAAGGACUAGUUUGAAAGCCCCCCUUUUACAAAGAAUUCCUCUAACUUGACUUUUGUCUGAGAAGGGAUAACACAGAGAUAAACUCCAUUUUGUAAAAAAGACGGUAGGCAGCUGAGGCAUGUGCUUCCCGUCUUACCGAGCCCUCUGUGCCUGGGUUGUCGUGGGUAGCUUGCCUCCGUCACACACAGCAAGGGGCCUGCAGCAGGCGCAGUUUAGAUGCAUGGUGCAAGCAGAAUAACUAGCUAAAGACCUCUUCCCAACGGCGCUGUGACCUAGAGGUCAGCGGCUUUAUUCACUUUGUUCCUGACCCCUUCUGUGUUGCUCUCGCGCUGCAAAGGAGAAGGAUCCUGUGCAGAAAGUCCACACUCCUCGCCGGGCUCCUUCCCGGCUUUGACUCAUGUAUAUUUCUGUGGGCCUUUCCCUUAGGUCAAGAUUUUGAGUUGCACUUUUCGCCCUAGAGGAUCUUUAUAAGACCUUUUGCUGUAAAACAGUAGUAAGGAUGGGUCGUAGUGCUGCACCUUCUGAUGCGGGCCUUACUUAGCCGGCCUCUCUGAGAGGCCCCACCACGCACAGCGUGUGACUGGCUGCUGAUCCUGCGCUUCAUUCUGAUGCUCUUGCUCCAUUACUGUCCCAUCGGUCCCUCCAAAUGCCAGCUUGGUCUGGCUUCCAGCGAACUAUAAAUCUAACCACACAUUUCCAUUCUUAGAACUAAUGCAAUAAAUACUCCAUUACAUACGCUGCACAGUUAGGUGUGCUGGGAAAGUGACCCGUACAACCCAGCUCUGCAUCCUCCACUGUCCGAGAAGCUCUCACAAGCAAGGAGAAGCCACACUCCACACAGCGUGGAAACGCGGAGGUCUAUGAAGGGCUGCCCUGACGACCGACUGAAGAUGGCGGUGGCUUCUCUGUUCAUAAAUUUUGUUUUAAUUGUGACCAAGUCUGUUGAUUUCCUCCAUUUGUUGUUUCAUUAAACAAGAGAGAUGAAGUUAGUAUCCUCUCAUGGAUAUAAGUUAAUAGAAUUCUUGGUAAUCAUAUACAUUGCACACAGUUCUCUUAAUAAAGGUCUCACUGUUGCUCAA